GUCAUACAAAACAAUUAUGCUUUCCACUCACGUAGUACGCGAACUCAACUCAGCCAAAGCGCAAGGCGAAGAAGAAAAAAUAAGAAACGACGACGACGAGGAUCUGCCUGCAAAGUUAAAAGCUUAUUAAUUGAAAAGAGAUGCGCAGCUUGAAACGCUUUCGCUUGAUAACCUUCGAUUUGACGAAUACGCUGCUGCAGUUUCGCACCAGUCCCGGCAAACAUUAUGGCGAGGUCGGGGCGCUUUUUGGUGCGCGCUGUGAUAACGACGAGCUGGCCAAAAACUACAAGGCCAACUGGUACAAGCUGAAUCGCGACUAUCCGAAUUUUGGGUGUGAAUCGCAGCCGCGACUUGAGUGGCAACGUUGGUGGCGUCAGCUGAUAGCAGGCACAUUUGCGGACAGUGGCGCACCCAUACCCGAUGAGAAAUUGGACAAUUUCACCAACCAUUUGCUGGAACUGUACAAAUCGAGCAUCUGCUGGCAGCCGUGCAAUGGCAGCGUGGAGCUGCUGAAGCAGCUGCGCAAACAUUCCCAGGCCGAAAAGGAUCAGUGCAAGGUUGGCAUGAUAGCAAAUUUUGAUCCGCGCCUCGAAGCGCUGCUGCACAACACAAAACUCGAUCGGUACUUGGACUUUGCGCUCACUUCGUAUGAGGCGAAGGUGGAGAAACCGCAGGCGGCCAUAUUCGAGCGUGCCAUGUUGGAAGCGGGUCUGGCGAACCUAAAGCCGCAGGAGUGCCUGCACGUGGGCGAUGGACCCACUACGGAUUAUUUGGGCGCCCAGGACGCGGGCUGGCAUGCAGCACUUGUGCACGAGAAGAGCUACUCGUAUCUGGUGAAGAAGUACGGCGGGAAGAUCAAUAAAAAUCAUGUGUUUGCCAGCCUCUAUGAUUUUCACAGAAAACUGUUGGACGAUGCUGUCGUCUGGUAGAGAUAACAAUAAAAUCCAUUUCUUAAAAUAGA